UCUCUUUUGUGUUGGGCUGGAAAUUUAAAACCACAGACCUGACGGCGGAGUGAUUGAAUGAUGGCAGAAUCGAACUCUGUCGCCAGAAAACAGUCGCCCAAGAAAAGCAAGCCCGCCCACUCAGCAGACGACCAAGGGCCGGCAACCGACGCCGGGAUGACCAUGGCGUCCACCAGACUGGACAACGAUGGCGAGGACGUGGCAGACUACCAAAUCGUCGCCGCCAUCGACUUCGGUACGACGUUCAGCGGGUACGCGUACAGCUUCGCUUCCAACAAACAGGCCAUCCAUGUCAAUAAAAACUGGGGGCAGACUCAAGGGUUCCUGCUACACAAGACGCCAACCUGCCUUCUGCUGAAAUCUGACGGUCAGUUUGAGGCGUUCGGGUUCGAGGCUGUCUCCAAAUACAACGAGCUGUCUGAAGACGAGGCUUGCACCUGCUACUACUUCGACCGGUUCAAGAUGAAGUUGUACAACAACAAGCAACUGACCACAGACAUCACCAUCACGGACGCCAACGGGAAAACCCAGCCGGCCGUGGACGUGUUCGCCCACUCCCUGACCUUCAUGAAGAAACACCUGCUGCGGGCCAUCGGCACACACCUGGGGUACGACCCCCACCCCGACACCGUCCGGUGGGUGCUCACCGUGCCGGCCAUCUGGGACGAAAACGCCAAACAGUUCAUGCGCGAGGCUGCUCAUAAAGGUGGACUCAUCGACAAGCCCAACAGCGAACAGCUGGUCAUAGCCCUCGAGCCUGAAGCUGCUUCUCUACACUGCCGGAAUCUUCCGGCUACAGAUUUUGUAGGCUACAAGGAUUCUGCUCUGUCCAAACCCAGUUUCGAGCCUGGAACAAAAUACUUGGUGGUUGACGCUGGAGGUGGAACCAUCGACUGUGUGGCCCACAAGAUCCGCAAAGAUGGCCGCAUACGUGAGCUGUUCCGGGCCACAGGCGGGGCUUGGGGCGGGACCAUCAUUGACAGACAGUUCCACAAUCUCCUGGAAACCAUCUUCGGGGAGGAGUUUAUCGCCUCCUUCUUGAAGGAAUACCCCAAGGACUUCGUCGAACUGUUGCAAGACUUUGAGAUCAAGAAACGCGGGGAGUGCGAGAGUAUUCGCGUGUCCCUGCCUUACAACUUCUGCAACUACAAGCACAACGGCGUCUCCGUGCAGCAGGCGAUAAAAAACUUCUCCGCCGAGAAAGGAAGCAGCGAUAUCAAAUUCUCCUCCGGUAAACUUGUUCUGUCGUCUGCUAAAGUCAACGCUUUGUUUAAAGACGCGUUGGACCAGAUCAACGAUCACGUUCAGUCUCUGCUGCAUAAGCCGAAAUGUAAAGACUUGCAUAAUAUAUUUCUGGUCGGCGGCUUCGCGGAAUCGUCUCGUCUGCAGACGGCCAUGCGGGAGAAAUUCGGCGAGCGGGUGACUAUUCUAGUCCCAGAGGAAGCAAGUUUAGCGGUUGUGAAAGGCGCCGUGGCUUUCGGUCACGACCCUAGCGCCAUCUGUCAGAGAAUCUGCCGGUUUACCUACGGCGUUGGGAGUUAUCUCCCGUUCGAUGACGGCGUGCACCGGGAGGACCUUCGCGUUAACUCGGACGGAAUGGACCUGUGUAAGAAUAUUUUUCAGACGUGGGCCGAGGCCGGGGAGGUCAUAGGUCACAACGAGAUCUGGCGCGAGACGUACACGCCCAUCAUCAACAACCAGAAAGGGAUCAUCUUCGAGUUCUUCCGCUCCACCUGCAAGAAGGUGCAGUACACGGACGAGCCCGGGGUGGAGAAGUGCGGGUUCCUGGUCGUGGAGAUGCCCGACCCCACGGGAGGGCGUGACCGGGCCGUUGACCUUGAGGUCAUCUUUGGGGGCACGGAGAUCAAGGUCGUUGGGUACGACCACACGAGUACCACGCGGCACGAGACCUACAUCGACUUCCUCUCGACCUAGCGGCCAGUCUAUAAAUAGCUCAGCCAAAUCGUUGUCAUGAUGUCACGUGUUUAUCGUCACGUGAGAUAACAAAAACAUGAACGUCACGUGACUUAACAGUGCCCAUUGAUAAAAAAAAAAUAACAUGUACAAAUGUGCUCUAUAUAAUAUACUGAAUCAACAAAUGAGUUUUUUUCUGUGUGGACGAUUGAAGCAUUUUAUGUGCGAAUCUGUUUUCAUUACAUAUGCAAGGGAAUGUUCUUUAAUGUGGGUUUUGUGUAUAUUCAAAUAAUAGGGGACCGAUGUAUCGAGAUUAUGGGGCUUUCAAGUCUAGUUUCGAUAUCAAACGAGACUUGCAAUUCUACUCUUGUCCCGUAGACCGUCAGGUUUGAAAGGGAACUUUACCUUGAAUCAGUCUACCGCAAACAUUCUAGUGAAAAUAAAAUAAAAGGCUGUGUAUCACGCGACGCCAUGUAAAAGUACAAAACUAAAUAACCCGCCCAUUUGUGUUCUAUAAUACGUGCAAACAUCCACAAAAGUGCUCAGCCUUUUUUCGCUAUUUUGUCUCAAGACUUCUUGUGCUUGUCUUAAUAAUUAAAUCAUGAUUAUCAUACUAUUGUAAAUACACACAUACACACACUCACACACGCUUUGUUUUACUUAGCAAACGGUUUUAAUUUGGCAACAGGCUUGGCUAAAGUAAGAGCACCUUAGCUUUCAAUGUACGCUUAUAGACAGUAGUUGACUCUCGUCGAGUUGAAUGAUGUCACUGUUUCACCAAGCUCACCCCUCUACGCGCAUGACGGUACAAUACCCGGAAGUUGUAAAAAAAAAUGUAAAAAUUCUAUUUUUGUACAAUUACAUUUUUUUCACAUUUUUCUUGAGACUUCCUCAACGGUUGUGCUAAUUAUCCUGUUGAUGAUCUAAUGACUUUCAAAUUAACAUAAUUGCUUUAUUGUGUAUGAGUUUCUUUUUCUUUCGUAAUAAAUAAAAAAAACUACAGUAACUAAAAGGAAUAUAUAUUAAAAUAUUUGUUAUCCUGAUAGUUUAGUAUAACCACAAAUCACCAAAACAUCUAUUGGAAUUCUGGUUAAUAUUUUUUAUGUUUAUAUAUCGUGUUCAGGCUUUAAAAGCUGAAACAUGAAUAUUGUACGAUUAUUGAUGAAUUUAAAUGGCUGAAAAUGUAUUUAGUUUGUUGUGUGUUAAGUAAUGAAUACACAAACCAGUAAAAAAAUA